UUGCUGUAAUUCGCGUGGCCGCAGAGAAAGAUCUCUUAAAAUAAAUAAGUGCUGCGCUAUUGGUUUUUAAACUGUGCAAAAAUUAAAUUAUUCUUAUUUGCCAAUUAGCGCGCAGUCAGCGACCAGCGAAACAAAAUGCGCGAAGUCAUCUCCAUACAAAUCGGCCAGUGUGGCAUACAGAUCGGUAAUGCCUGUUGGGAACUAUAUUUAUUAGAGCAUGGCAUCAAUAUGGACGGCACUCUGAAAACCAAAGAGGAGCUACUGGCCAGCGGCAGCAGCGCCAGUGCCGGGCAUGAUACCUCGGCCAACGAUUCGCGCACCUUUUUUAACGAAACGGGAUCAGGAAAACAGGUGCCACGUUCUGUUUUCGUCGAUCUCGAGCCCUCCGUUAUUGAUGAUUUGCGCAAUGGACCUAUGCGGGACUUGUAUCAUCCGGAGCAAAUGAUUUCCGGUAAAGAGGAUGCGGCUAAUAAUUAUGCGCGUGGCCGCUAUUCCAUUGGCAAGGAGGUGAUCGAUAAAGUGACGUCACGCCUACAAAAAAUAUCCGAGCAAUGCGACAGUCUCCAAGGCUUUCUCAUAUUUCACUCCCUGGGAGGAGGUACAGGCUCUGGAUUUACAUCUCUGCUCGUUGAGCGUCUGUCGGGCGAAUUCAGUAAAAAAUGCAAACUAGACUUUGCUGUCUAUCCGUCCCCAAAGGUGUCCACGGCCGUGGUGGAGCCAUACAAUGCAUUACUGACCACACACUCAACCAUCGAGCAUUCGGACUGUGUCUUUAUUGUGGAUAACGAAGCUAUCUAUGACAUCUGUAAUAAUAGCUUGGGUGUAGAUAGGCCAGCGUAUCUCAAUCUAAAUCGUUUGAUUGCCCAGAUUGUGAGCUCGACAACUGCCUCGUUGCGAUUCAAUGGUUCCAUGAAUGUGGACCUAAAUGAGUUCCAAACGAACUUGGUUCCCUUUCCACGCAUUCACUUCCCGCUUGUGGCCUACGCUCCUCUAAUGUCGGCCUCAAGAGCUGCGCAUGAGCAGCAUGGAAUCGCUGCACUAACCAACGCCUGCUUUGAAUCGGCUAAUAUGAUGGUCAAGUGUGAUCCACGAGCUGGCCAAUAUAUGGCCUGCUGUAUGCUUUAUAGAGGUGAUGUUGUCCCUAAAGAUGUGAAUGCAGCGGUGUCGGCCAUUAAGGCCAAGCGCCAUAUUCAGUUUGUGGACUGGUGUCCCACAGGUUUCAAGAUCGGGAUAAAUUAUGAGAAGCCCGCUUUCGUGCCGGAUGGGGAUUUGGCGCCGACUGCACGUGCAUGCUGUAUGUUGUCCAAUACGACGGCAAUAUCGGUGGCUUUCUCGAAUCUGGCAUACAAGUUCGACUUGAUGUUCAGGAAGCGCGCCUUCGUACACUGGUAUGUGGGAGAAGGAAUGGAGGAGGGUGAGUUUACGGAGGCUCGCGAUGAUAUUGCGGUCUUGGAACGCGACUACGAAGAAGUCGGAUCGGAUAACGUGGAAGGUGAUGGCGAUGAUAUGGAUGAGUUUUAAGCGUUGAACGUAAUUCAAAUUGUUGUAUUGUAAAUAAAUUUUGAAUGAAAAGUUGCAAUUAUCAAA